CAGUCGCCGCCAUAUUAAUUUCGUCAAAGACAAAACGCCGGCCUUUUUUAUUUCCCCUUUUCUGUCAGCCGUGAAGCGUUCAUAUAGUUUCGACACAGAAAAUUGGUAAAUGAUGGCAGCAAAUAAUUACUUUGGGUUCACCCACGGGGGAACCCAAUACGGCGCGGCAACAGCGUCGGCAGCCUACGGCGGUCAGACUGGGUACGCCGUAGCGCCAGCCGCCACCGCCGCCACUUACGGCACCCAGCGCGCCGCGGCCACGGGCUACGAUACUGCAUAUCAAGCCGCAGCCGCCACACAAGCGGCGGCGCACGCGCACGCGCAGGCGGCCGCGGCGGCUGCGUCGGCGUACGAUGCCAGCAAGAGCGCGUAUUACCAGCAGGCGUACCCCGCGCCUCCGCAGCAACCGGCAUACGAUGCCGCCAAGCCCGCCUACACCACACCCGCCACCUACGCGCAGGUGACCACCACCGCCUACGCCGCGCACACCGCGCACUCCGCCCACACCGCGCCCGUCUCCUACCAAGUCCAGGGAGGCGCGCGUGCGGGCGGCGGGGCGAAGGCCUAUGGGGGCGUAUACACUGCCACCACGGCGGCCACCUCGUACCCCACGCAGCCCUACAGCGCGCCCGCCGCGCAGCCCGCCAAACGUAUGUAUGCUCUCUACAAUGCCGCCACUAUGUAUGUCGCGCAACAAACUAAGACUGGAGGGGGCGGUGGUUGGAAGAACUACAACAAAGGCGGAGUGGGCGCGGGUCAGUCGCGGCGCCCCAAGCCGCCGCCCAAGGCGCAGCAGUUGCACUACUGCGAUGUCUGUCGAAUUUCCUGCGCCGGCCCUCAGACGUACAAGGAGCACCUGGAGGGGCAGAAGCACAAGAAGAAGGAGGCGGCGGUGAAGAUGUUCUCGUCGGGCGGGGGCGCGGGUGGUGCGGGCGGCGCGGGCGGCGGCGGGGCGGGCGCGGGCGUCGGGCGGGGUGCGGGCGGGGCGCUGCGGUGCGAGCUGUGCGACGUGACGUGUACGGGCGCGGACGCGUUCGCGGCGCACGUGCGCGGCAUCAAACACCAGAAGGUUCUCAAGCUGCACACGAUGCUCGGCAAGCCAAUACCGCCGGCCGAGCCCGCCAAGAUACACACAGCGAAAAAGACGGUGGCCGGUACGCCCAAGAUCGCUUUCGUGGCGUCUGGAGAGCUCAGCAGUGUGGCGAGCGGUGAGGCUGAGGGCGGCGCGUGCGCAGACAAGGACGGCGACGACGAGGAGGGCGAGCCGGAGCCCGAGGUGCAGCCCGUCGGUCAGGACUACAUCGAGGAGAUCCGCGGCGACGACGGCAAGGCGCUCAGCUUCAACUGCAAGCUCUGCGACUGCAAGUUCAACGACCCCAACGCCAAGGAGAUGCACAUGAAGGGCCGCCGCCAUCGCCUCCAGUACAAGAAGAAGGUGCAACCGGACCUCGAGGUGAAGGUGAAGCCGUCGACGCACCAGCGCAAGCUGGCGGAGGCCAAGGCGCAGCGCAUGAUGGGCCGCGACGACAUGUGGGCCCGCCGCCGCUUGCAUGACGGCAUCGAGGACGAGGAGCGCGUGUACUGGGAUGGCAGCGCGGAGGCGUGGUGGGGGCGCGGCCCGCUCCCGCCUCACAUGCACCACCACCACCACCAGGGCUUGGGCGCGCCGUACGGCACGCUGGCGCGGCGCGGCGAGACGGCGGACGACCGGCACGUGCUGGCGCGCCACGCCGACAUCUACCCCACAGAGGAGGAGCUGGAGACCAUACAGCGCGUCGUCUCGCAGACUGAGCGCGCCCUCAAGUCGCUCUCCGACGCCCUCGCCGACGCCAACAAGCCUAAGCAGCAGGCGCAACCCAACAAAGCCCCGCCCAAGCCGGAGGACAAGAAGGACGACAAGCCCGAAGGCAAGGAGGACGGCCGCGACAACCAAUUGUUCUCGUUCGCGGGCGAGGGCGAGGUGAGCGGCGGCGGCGGGGGCGGGAGCGCAGGCGCGGGCGGUGCGGGUGGUGCGGGGGCGGGCGAGGUGGCGCGCGCACUGAAAGGCGUGAUGCGCGUGGGCCUGCUGGCCAAGGGGCUGCUGCUGCGAGGCGACCGCGACGUGCGCCUCGUGGUGCUCUGCCACGACCGCCCCACCGUCACGCUGCUCAAGCGCGUCGCCGCAGACCUGCCGCACCACCUCAUGCGCAUCAAGUGCGCGGGCGACGAGUUCAAGUACAAGGUGGAUCUGCUACCGGCGGAGGGCGCGGUGCAGGUGUCGGACGGCAACGUCAACGUGCUCGUCAGCCUCACCUCCGCCGUCAUGCGCGAGCCUGCAGAGGGUGGCGACGUAAAGCGCGACGACAAGGACGUGCUACCGCGGCAGAAGUGUUUGGACGCGUUGGCCGCCCUUCGGCACGCCAAGUGGUUCCAGGCUAGGGCGGCCAGUCUGCAGUCCUGCGUCAUCAUCAUACGCAUCAUGCGCGACCUGUGCCGCCGCAUACCCACCUGGGUGCCGCUCAACCCAUACGCUAUGGAGCUGCUGGUGUCGGGCGUGAUGCAGUCCGCGGGCGCGGCGCUGUCUCCGGGCGAGGCGCUGCGCCGCGUGAUGGAGGCGGUGGCGGGCGGCCUGCUGCUCGACCACGGCCCCGGUCUGCGCGAUCCCUGCGAGAAGGAACUCGUUGACGCGCUGGGCAACCUGCCGUCACAGAAGCGCGAAGACCUGACGGCGUCCGCGCAGCAGUACCUCAGGCAAAUUGCAUUUAGACAGAUACACAAGGUGCUGGACAUGGAGAUGCUGCCGAAGCCGAAGCACACCGGCGGUCCGUGGAAGUUCCCGCGCAAGCGCAGGCGCUCCAACACCGACACAGACCCUGACCAGCCCAAUGGUGAAGGCAAAGUGGUAAAGACGGAAGAGAAGAUGGACGCGACGGAGUCGAGCGCGAAGAAGUAACGCUUGGGGCUGCGCGCGGAGGGGAGGGAGGGCCCGCCCUGCGCGCCGCACCUUGCCACUCGCACUUGUUUUGUUGUGUAGGAGGUGUCGUACACGAACUUUAUUCAUUCGGAAUUGAACUUUGAUACUAAGCGUAGUAGACGAGUAACACUUUGCCUCUAACGAAACACAAAAGGUGGCGCAAACCUUUUUAAAUUAAUUCAAUUCUUGCAAGUUUGUCUU